AUGACAUCAGAGUUUUCAAAAGGAAAUGAGUAUGUAUACACGCGAGCAGAGUACGAGUCUGAGGCGGAGGGAAUCAUUGCAAGCCAAGCGUUUAGAAAGUUUCUUCCACUCCUUGACCGAGUUUUGGUUGAAAGGCGUGCUGCUGAAACUGUAACCAAAGGAGGCAUUAUGCUUCCAGAAAAAUCUCAAGGAAAAGUAUUGCAAGCAAGAGUAGUCGCUGUUGGAUGGGGUUCUAAAGGAAAGGGUAGAGAGAUUCAACCAGUUAGCGUGAAAGUUGGAGAUAAAGUUCUUCUCCUAGAAUAUGGAGGCACCAAAGUAGUUCUAGAUGACAAGGAUUAUUUCCUAUUUAGAGAUGGUGACAUUCUUGGAAAGUACGUAGACUGAAAUAAGUCACUAUUGAAAUGGCAUCAACGUGAAGCUGCCCAUUCUACUGAAGUUCUGGAAUCUUUCAUCAUGUAAAUAAUUUCCAUAUUUUUCUUUUAUAAUAAACUAAUGACAUCCAGUGUCUCCAAAAUUGUUUCCUUGUACUGAUAUAAACAUUUCCAAAUAAAAAUAUGUAAA